AUGGAUGCGGCAAUAUUCAUCUAUGAUGGCCGAACCCCAGCACAAGAACGAGCAAUACUCAUCCACGACGAAGCGUCUGCCAUCAGCGAGAGGAUCGCGACGACGACCGAGAGGCUCAAGGCCGAUUUCGACAAGGUGCAGACCAAGAUCCACAGGUUCCCCCGCGGCCUCCGGGGGAUCGGCGGCGACAACGGCUGCUACAUCGCACCGAGCGUGGUGGCCAUCGGCCCGUACCACCACGGCUCGGCGCACCUGCAGAAGAUGGAGGAGGUCAAGCUCGCAGCGGCCCACUACCACUGCAGAGACGGCUCGACGAUGGAGGUCUACGAGAAGGUGUUCUCCGUCGUGGGCGCCGCGCGCGGCUGCUACGAUGCCGACGACCCGUCGGUCGCGGGCGUCAGCGACGCCGACUUCGCGGCCAUGAUGUUCCUCGACGGCUGCUUCCUGCUGCGGUACAUGGUCGGCGACACCGAGCCGGUGCUGCAGAACAGGAUGACGCUGUCCACGGGGCCCAGCAUCCUGAAGGACAUCUUCCUCCUCGAGAACCAGAUCCCGUGGCUGGUGCUCGAGGUCCUCACGGAGUUCAUGCCCGUCGACGUAGUGCACAAGUUUGUUGCCGGGAUGGGAGAGAAGUUCUUCCCAGGAAAGGCAAAGGCAAUGACGGGAAAGGGUGAACGAGGCGGCGGCAGCGGAUUCAAAUAUUAUAAGCCACCGCAUCUCCUUGGCCUCCUCUGGUUCACUCAUGUAGGCUGCAUGUCUGAACGCGGGGUGAAGUACAAUACCUAUACGUCGUCGCUGUCCUUCAGCGCCGUGGAGCUCGCGCAGAUCGGCGUCUGGCCGACAGCGAGCAAGGAGGCGUGGUUCGGGGACAUGAGAGUCGUCCGCCGGUGCCGCCUGUUCAGCCAGCUGUCGCUGUCGCCGGUGUUCCUGAACGGCGUCACCGCCUCCUGGCUGGUGAACAUGGCGGCGCUGGAGGCGAGCACCUCCUCGAGCUGGGAGUCGGACGGCUUCUUAGUGAGCUCGUACCUGUCGGUGCUGGCGAUGCUCAUGGACCGGAAGGAGGACGUGCACGAGCUGCGGGAGAGGCGCGUGCUGCACGGCACCCUGAGCAACAAGCAGGUGCUCGGCUUCUUCAAGGACCUCGGCCAGCACCUGCGCCUCGGCAGACAAUACUUCGCCACCUUGGAGCAGAUCGACGCGUACAAGCGCCACAGGUCGCUCUGGAUCGCCGCACACAAGUUCGUCUACAACCACUUCAAGGUCAUCGCCACCGUCCUGUCCAUAACCGGCGUGCUCAUCGGCAUCUUUAAGACCCUUCUCUCACUCAAGCAUCGUUGA